GGCCCCGCCGACCCAUGGCCCACGACCCACCGACCCACGAAUCGGCCCGGCCCCGGCGUUCACCAUGUCUGGCUCCUCCAGCGUCGCCGCUACGAAGAAAGUGGUUCAACAGCUCCAGCUGGAGGCCGGGCUCAACAGCGUAAAAGUUUCCGAGGCAGCUGCAGACUUGAAACAAUUCUGUCUGCAGAAUGCUCAACAUGACCCUCUGCUGACUGGAGUAUCUUCAAGUACAAAUCCCUUCAGACCCCAGAAAGUCUGUUCCUUUUUGUAGUAAAAUGAAUAUUUCAAAGGUUUCCCAAACCACUUCUUAUGAUCCAGUGAAUAUUCAAGAGAGAUACAUUUGAAGCCUGUACAAAAGCUUAUCCCUAUAACACAUGUGCCGUAUACAAAAUUCUACUUUUGUCAGUCCUUAACAUCUACCUCUGAAUUUUCAUGAAUUUCUAUUUCGCAAGGGUAAUUGUUUUAUAUAUAUUGGCAGCAGCAUACAAUAAAACUUAGUGUGCAAGUUUUAAAAAAU